CGCUUUCUUCUCCGAUUAUCUCUCCCUUCGCCUCACGUGUUUCAAAUGGCACUCGUGCGAGAGCGCCGCCAGAUCAAUCUCCGCCUCCCUCUGCCGGAACCCUCAGAGCGCCGCCCGCGCUUCCCCUUCGCCGGCGUCGGCCAUUCGUCCUCCGCCGCCGCCGCCGCCGCCUUCGCGAUAUCGGACUUCGAGAAGCUGCGAGUGCUGGGCCACGGCAACGGGGGAACGGUUUACGAGGUGAGACACAAGCGGACGGCGACGGCGUACGCGUUGAAAGUGGUGCACGGCGAUAGUGACCCCGCCGUGCGCCGCCAGAUCCACCGCGAGAUCUCGAUCCUCCGCUGCACGGACUCGCCGCACGUGAUCAAGUGCCACGGCACCGUCGAGAUGCCUGGCGGCGACUUCGCGAUUUUGAUGGAGUUCAUGGACGGCGGAACCCUAGAUAAUUUCCUGAAGAAAUCCGAGAAAUCCGAGAAAUCGGAGAAAUUCUCCGCCUCCGCCGCCGAAUCCUCGCUCGCGAGAAUCGCGAAACAAGUGCUUCUCGGCCUAGAUUACCUCCACUCCCACAAAAUCAUUCACCGCGAUCUGAAACCCUCGAACCUACUAGUAAACCAGGACGGCGAGGUCAAAAUCGCCGAUUUCGGAGUUAGCAAGAUGCUAUGCCGAACUCUGGACUCCUGCAACUCCUACGUCGGAACCUGCGCUUACAUGAGCCCGGAGCGGUUCGAUACGGAAACCUACGGCGCAAAUUACGACGUUUACGCCGGCGAUAUCUGGAGCUUGGGGCUAACUCUAAUGGAGCUCUACUUGGGCCACUUUCCCCUGCUGCCGCCGGAGCAGAGACCCGACUGGGCGACGCUAAUGUGCGCCAUAUGCUUCGGAGAGCCGCCGAGCUUGCCGGAGGAAGCUUCCGGCGUGUUCAGGGAUUUCAUUGGUCGGUGUUUGCAGAAGGAAUCCAGUGAACGGUGGAGCGCACAGCAACUGUUACAGCACCCGUUCGUACGGGAUAUUGAAUUGAAAUUGCAACAAUAAAAAUUGUAUGAAAAAAGUGAAAAAGUGAAAAUCAUAGGAUAGGGAGCUCUGUUGUAGAUAUAGAAAUGGAUUUUUUGAAUCUUGGAUUCAGUUCAAUGUAUAUUCUCUUUGCCCUGAAUCUUUUGUGAAGAAUGAUGAGAAAGGAUUCUACUUCACGACAUUUUUCCUUAGAAAUUUGGAGAUUAAUUUCA